CAAAUUGCCAGGUGUUACCCAUAAGCAGGACAGGACAAAGACAGAACGAAAGGCUCUAAGACGUUAAACAUUAGUAAAAUCACACAAACAGCGUUAAGGUUCAGACAACGUUCGCGAGAUGCGACGGCGAUUGCUAGCAUAAGCUAACUAAAAGCGAUAUAUUCACCCUCAGUUCAGCAGCCGAUCAUGGAGACCGCAGUAAUGAACCUUCACAGUUUGUUUGAGAAUCUUCGCGGCCACGUCGAGGUCCUCAAUGACAGUAUUGAGCCCCAGUUUAUUCAGAUGGCACUGAAUUUUGAGGACUGUCGUCGUAAAUGGCUGAGAGUGGAGCAGGAUUUGGCCUCUUGUAAGGAGGUGCUUGCUAAAGCAGAGACUGAGAGGGGUGCACUGGAAGUCAAGUUAAAGCAUGCUCGCAACCAAGUGGACGUAGAAAUCCGCAGAAGACAAAAAGCUGAAUCAGAUUGCGAAAAAAUGGAUCGUCAGAUUCAACUCAUUCGAGAUCUGUUGGUCACUGAGGGUUCUAGUACCAGUAUCCAGCUAAAUGAUGAGCAACGGUCAGCUCUUGCUUUCCUCAAUGCACGGUCACAAGCACCAGCCAAUCUUAACAGCAGUCGAAGGCUGGCCACUAUUGAUGAAUCUGCCUCAAUCUUGUCGGACAUUAGCUACGAUAAAACUGAUGAUUCCUUGGACUGGGACUCUUCUGUUGUUAGAACUGUUCGACUAAAGAAACGUCAGAAAAGACGCUCCUCCAGAAACCAUACUGAUGGGCCUCCUGCUGUUGCCAAAAGGUCCCGGUCUACAGGCCGCACCUCUGAGAAAGGAAAUGAGUCUCUAGUGGCUAAGACCACAGUGACUGUACCAAAUAAUGGCGGUCUCAUAGAGGCGGUCACCACUCUUGAAGCUGUGCCUUAUUGGACCAGAAGCAGGAGAAAGACUGCUGCUAUGGUUUGGGACACAGCAGACACUGAUUCUGUUCAGUCUGUGGACAUAAUAAAAAGGAGUGGGACCAAAGCAGAGCCUAGCACGCCACAGAGCAAUGGGAGUGUUCGUCUACACGAGUUUGUUUCAAAAACGGUGAUAAAGCCAGAGUCCUGUGUUCCUUGUGGCAAGAGGAUCAAGUUUGGAAAGAUUUCUCUGAAGUGUAGGGACUGUCGUGUUGUUAGCCAUCCGGAGUGUCGAGAACGCUGCCCCCUGCCCUGCAUCCCUAACCAGGCAGGGACACCAGGAAAAACUGGAGAGAGUGGCACUCUUGCAGACUAUGUCUCGGUCACCUCCCCCAUGAUUCCACCCCUAGUGGUCCACUGUGUGAAUGAAAUUGAGCAGAGAGGCCUACAUGAGACUGGUCUGUACCGUCUGUCUGGUGCUGACCGGGUGGUGAAGGAGCUGAAAGAGAAGUUUCUGCGUGGAAAGACACUUCCACUGCUAAGUAAAGUAGAUGACAUCCAUGCUAUUACUGGUGUCCUUAAAGACUUCCUGAGAAACCUCAAAGAACCACUGCUCACCUUCCGCCUCAACAAAAAUUUCAUGGAGGCAGCAGAGUUGGAUGAUGACAAUUCAACUGCAUUGAUGUACCAGACUAUUAGUGACUUGCCACAGCCAAACAGAGAUACUCUGGCCUUUCUGAUGCUCCAUCUGCAGAGAGUUGCCCAAAGCCAUGAUACUAAGAUGAAUGUGACUAAUCUGGCUCGUGUGUUCGGACCGACAAUUGUGGGUCAUAGCAUACCUGAUCCAGAACCAAUGACCAUUCUGCAGGACACAAAGCGACAACCUAAGGUUGUUGAAUGCUUGCUGGGAUUGCCUGCAGAUUACUGGGGCCAGUUUGUGAUGGUGGAGCAAACUCACACUGAUCACAUGAUUAUUGAGAACACCAAUGUUUAUUCCACUCCAGACCAAAAAGUGAGUAUGUUUGGCCCCCUCACCACACCAGACCAGCAGAUGAGCAAGACUCCAUCUUCUAGUUCUCUAUCUCAGCGGAUGAAAAAUGCUACGCUGGGAGCCAUCACUCCUAAGUUUGGUAGCAAGAGCAAAUCUGCUGCCAGCUUCAGUCGCCAAGGGAACUUCUUUGCCUCACCGCUGCUGAAGUAGUCAUCUAGAGCUGCCCCUUACUCAUUUAUCAGGACGUAGCUGCUAUACUUUAUACUCUGUCUGAAAAGAUUUUUUUUAUUAUUAUUUUUUAAUCAUAUUUGCUUUUGUUUUUUUAAAAACACAUUUUAACCAAUCACACUGUCAACAAAAUGGAAAGCCAAAAAUUUCACUUCCAUUGAACAUUACAAUUUCUUCUGGCAGUGUGUAUUUGAGGAUCAGGGGAGUUCUUUAUAAAGAAGCCCAAAAUGUAUAGCAUCGUUUGGAUUUUAUACUUGUAUUUGUACAUAUAAGGAGGUUUACUUGUAAACAUUUAAGUUCACUGUUCUUUACAUUCCUAUGCAAAUGUCUACUCUAUUCUGUCUGUUUUACUUUCAUUUUUUUAUUCAAAUGUGUUGUGCAAGAGAGAAUUUCUAGCAAAAUGAGUCCAUGCCUAGUGGUGGUCCUCCACCCAGUAUUCUACUUUGUCAUUCAAUGGUUAUUUACUAGUGUUUCAAAAAAAUGUAUGCUAAGUCAUUAUUGGAUUGUAUGAAAAUAGUUUUGUAAUUGUCCUUUUCAUUCACUUACUUUCCCUCUCAUCAUUCAGAUUACCAUUAUUUUUCUGUUAUGGUUUCGCCAAUAUGAUCUUGCUCUUUUCCUGUCGCUUUUAAUUCAACCACAAUAGCCUAUAAAUGUUCUCCUCCACAUUCAA